AGAGUAGUUGCUGCUAGCCGAAGCCAGCUUCGAAUCCAUGUCGAAGUCGCACUCCAGCCGACAAAGGAACGACGCUAUGGUGGAUCACGACAGCUGAGCAGAUUCGAAAUGUCAGGAUCAGCUGCUGCGAACAUCCCCGUCGCUGGUAGGGUUGCAAAUACAGCAGCCACGAUGGCAGCUAUGCGCGCACCCACGUCUACCUAUGUCCCCAUAAGACCGAACCCUGCCCCUGCGCGUACCGCAACUUCAACUGGGCCUGCCCCCACUGCCCCCGCGCCAGCUCCGGUUGUUCCUUCGUCGUGUCGUACUACCACCGCUUCGUCCGCGCCCAGGCCGGUCACAACCACGAGCGUCACAUCAGCCUCGACCACGGCGACAAAAACUACGGUCAGUGGAGCACCGACUACCACUUCGACCGCCACUGCUCCCGCGGCUGGUACGGCGACUACCAGCGAAGCCGGUCCCUCUGGUACCGAGAGCACCACGACGGAUCCUGCCAAACCUGCGAGACCACCGUCCCCGGUCCGCUACCAGACCAUCUUCAAAAACGUCAUUUUCGGCAGGCGCGCUCGAGAAAUAGUGAUGAACGUUUACUGCUGGCUUCGGCUCGAGUACCCAAACGCUUCCUACAACGAGAUCGUGAAGCAAGCCACGCUUCUGACGGGAGUAGCGCCAGUUACCAUAUACCGAUGGAAGAAGAACGUGAAUCUCUUUGACCCGGACGAGAAGCCGCCGCCGAAGCGUCGCCGCAAGAACGCCUCGGCGGCGUCGGCCAACGGGGUCAAGAAAGUUCGGAAGAGCCGGAAAACCCCGAAGAAGGCCGCGUCCGGGGAGCCCGGCGAGCCCGGUGACGCGAACGCCCAGCAGUCCGCGGGCGAGAAACCCAAAAAGCGUCAACGCAAGAAGCAGCCAGUGCGCGUUGGAAACCAAGCCAGCAAAGCGGGCGUCGGAGCGGGCAUCGGAGCAGCCGUCGGAGCUGCCGUCGGAGCGGCCGUGCCGCCUGCUCAAGCCGCUGCGAAGGCUCCGCGCAAGAAGGCUGUGCCCGUUGCACGCUGCGAGCAGCAGUCCAGCUACGUGCCACCGCAGCCUGUGCAGCCUGCCCACGGGCACUAUGAACACAGACAGUUCACACGGCUGGAACCACGCAUCCCCAACCCCAAUCAAAUGCACGGCGGUCAAACAACGGCGCAGUCGUUCGAUCCGCCGACUUCGAGUGGUUACCAGUCGUGGUGGACGUACCAUUAACUCUGGGGGAAGACGCUGUGCGAAUGAGAAUGAAAAAAAAAAAAGGAGUACUACAUUGUACUACGGGAUGAGUUGAUUGACUCAAACGUCAGGUCAGAAGCUGCGAACGCCUUGCUUUAUCGUUGUAAUGAGGUACCACCUGCUUGGCAGUAUUGUAUAAUAAAUAAAAUGAGAUUCAUUUGCCUCGUGA